CUGCCAGGAAAAAAACUAACAUUUGUGGGAAACGUUCUGGGUUCACUCAUCAUUCCACCUUAAAAUAGCUGCUCCGUGUUCUCUAAGUGGUGUUUAGUAGGAAGGUCACGGUCCUGCGGUCUGUCAGGAUGGCAUCUGCUGGAACUUAGGCAUUUGUCAGCUGAUUGCAGGGCCCUCCUUCUAAUUGGACACCGCCUUCCGGUCCUGCUGCAGCUCCUGCAGGAAGUGGAGCUGUGAUUGCACUUCCUGACUCUGUCUGAGACCCGCUGUCAUUUGCAGGGUGUUCCCGCAGCCGCCCGCUGGCUGCCGAGCGGGCGGCCGCUGCUUCAUCUGUGCAGGAGCGCUGCACUGCUGCUUCUGUCGGUUCUCCUGGAGGUCGGUGCACACAGAAGAGGAAGCUGAUGGCUUCAUCUUCACAGACAUUGAUAGAUAAAGCUCAAAGACCACAACAUGCAGCUCCGUUCUGGCUAAGAACUCCCCGCAGACGCGUACGCAGGCCUCAGUGGCUCCAGAGCCGCUGGCCGCUCUGUUAUCCCUCUAUUGUGGUUCUUUGGUUCUGACAAACAAACCUUCAAGAACAAAGUGUUUGUACUUUCAGUCAUAUUGCUUUAAUCAGCUUUAGUCAUCUAUGUUCUGAUGUUAUCAUGUCAGAUAACAUCAUGAUGGCUGAAGGUUUAAUCUGUGAGAGUGCUUUAUUAAUAACCGUAAGCAUGUGUUCUUUUCACAGAACCACACAUGUGAACUGUGCUUCUGUCAAAACAUAAGUUUGUUUUAGAAAAUGAAGCACUUUACAUGUUAUGAAGGUCAUGUCCACAAAAAUAAAGUGUCUUGAUCUGAACCCGUGUGAUUUUAGUGGUUCAGAACUCGCUGGUUCUGGUCUUUUAGAAACGGUUCCAAACGACUCCUUGAAGUUGCAGACCACCGAGGUACUGUGUGGUUCUGCUGGUGGGGGGCCGUGUUCUGAGUCUGUCACAUGUGUAAAGGGUCAAAGGUCCAACAUGACGGAACCAGAACUUUGAUUCAAGCUGGAGCUCUGCAUCCAAGCUGACACUGGAACCCGAGUCACACUCAACCUCCCUCCUGCUGGAAGGCUGGUUUUGGCUGAACAGGAAGUCCUGACCAUAUAAGGACUUCGUGAAUUUAGGCACGUGAACGUGGGCAGAAGGUGAGUGACAGGUGCUGUCAUUCAGCCACUGUGGAUGAAGUCAACGGUGAUGUUCCGCUCUGCUGGAUCAGAGAAGCUCUCUGUUCUGUCCGCGAGAUUAGAUCCACGCGUGAACCUGCUGCCAGAUAAGGUCUGCAUCCCGCCUCGGGUCCUCAUAAAUGCCCCCUGAGGGAGGGAGGGAGGAGUUGCUGAAGAAGGGAGGACCGGCUGCAGACGCAUAGUCGCUGCGCGCAGACGCACAGCAGCCGGCAGCACGAGCUUAGAUCAGCUGCGCGCAGACGCACAGCGCCUAAGUUCCCAUUUGGUAACUUUUAGACCGUUAAUGUCGCUCUUAGCUGUGUGCUCGCGCGCACCUGUUGACCCGCUUGUUUUUGUUGACCUCCCCUGUUUUUGUUGACCCCUGACAUGGAGCUGGAGCAUUUAGGAGGCGCGGGGCUUAAACCUGAGAGGGGCAGCGGUCGCCUCUACAAGAUCUCUCUGGCCAUGUGCGCGUGUCUGUGCUUCGCUCUGCUGCUCGCGCUCAUACUGGUGUCUCAAAGGUCCAGUCAGGAGCAGUUCUGCUUGACUCCAGAAUGCGUAGAAGCAGCGGGCUCCAUCCUGAAUAAGGUGGAUCGCUCCGUGGACCCCUGCACGGACUUCUACAGCUUUGCUUGUGGCGGUUGGUUAAAGGAGAACUCCAUUCCUGAAGAUUCGUCCUCGUAUGGCAUUUACCCCUGGUUGAGGCAGCAAGUGGAUCUCAGAAUCAAAGACUUGUUGGAGGCUCCGUCAGCUGCAGGCGAGCUGGAGGCGGUGACCAAAGCCAAGAUCCUCUAUCGCUCAUGUAUGAAUGAAAGCAGGCUGGAGGAGGUGGACUCCAAACCCAUGCUGAAGACGCUGAGGAAGGCGGAGUUUCGGUGGCCUGUGGUGGGGGACGGGCUCGGCGGUGAAUAUCAGUGGUCAGAGAGUGGGUGGAGUCUCCUGAAGACGCUGGCAGAGAUUAGGAACCAGCACAGCAAGAGCGUCCUGAUCCGCCUCUACGUCUCCCCGGACGACAAAAACUCUUCCCACUACGUCAUCAAGCUGGACCAGGCGUCUCUGUCUCUGCCCUCCAGGGAGGACUACAUCACCAACACUUCCUCUGCUCAGGCGAACCGAGCCGCCCUGCUCAGCCUGAUGGUGGACGUGGCCGUCAUGCUGGGCGCCCCGGAGGCAGCAGCACGGGUCCAGAUGGAAAAGGCUCUGGCUUUCGAGACCAAGUUGGCUCACAUGCUGAUUCCCCAUGAAAACCGCACCAGUGAAAACAUGUACAACAAAUUCACGCUGUCACGGCUGCAGCGCUCCCUGCCGCAGUUUGACUGGAUGGGGUUUGUAAAGGCUGUGGUGGAGUCCAGAGAUGAUCCGGACCGGGACCUGUCCUCGUCUGAACCGGUCAUCGUUAGAGCUCCACAGUACUUCAGGGAACUGAUGAAGCUUCUGAACACUACAGAGCCCAGGACCAUAGCAAACUACGUCCAGUGGAGGACGGUGUUCUCCAGGAUCACCACGCUGAGCCGCCGCUUCCUGUACAGAUACCUCGACUACGCACGGGUGACCACAGGAACUACCUCUCUUACCCCACGCUGGGACAAGUGCGUCAACUAUGUUGAGAACGCUCUUGGCUACGCCACAGGGCGCCUCUUCGUCAACUCCUACUUCCAGGAGGACAAGAAACAGAUGAUGGAGGAGCUGAUCGAGGGCAUUCGCUGGGCCUUCAUUGACAUGCUGCAGAAGGAGAAUGGCUGGAUGGACGAGCCAACCAAGAAGAAAGCCGUAGAAAAGGCUCAUGCAGUGAUGGCUAAGGUGGGGUACCCAGAGUUUAUUUUGAAUGACACCUACCUGAACGAGGAUUUAAAAGAGCUGGACUUCAGUGAGAAGGAUUACUAUGGCAACGUCAUGCAGACUCUGAAGUUUUUUGCCCAAGGGGACAUCUCGUGGCUUCGAAGGAGCGUUCCACGAACAGAGUGGUUCACAAACCCAACAACCGUGAACGCCUUCUACAGUUCAUCCACUAACCAGAUCCGAUUCCCUGCUGGAGAACUUCAAAAACCCUUUUUCUGGGGACAAGAGUUUCCCAGGUCUUUAAGUUACGGCGCCAUCGGCGUGAUCGUUGGACACGAGCUCACGCAUGGCUUUGAUAAUAACGGUCGCAAAUAUGAUAAAAACGGCAAUCUUGAUCAGUGGUGGAGUAACUCAUCUGUGACGGCUUUUACCGAGAAGACUCAGUGCAUGAUCGAUCAAUACAACAGCUACCACUGGGAGGAGGCCGGCCUCAACGUACGGGGUAAAAGAACUUUGGCAGAAAACAUCGCAGACAACGGGGGAAUUAGAGAAGCGUUCAGGGCGUACAGGAGGUGGGUGGAUGACAACAGAGGAGGUGUGGAGGAGCCUCUGCUGCCAGGAGUGGACUUCAGCAACAACCAGCUGUUCUUCCUCAGUUAUGCACACGUUAGAUGCAACUCCUACAGACCAGAAGCAGCACGUGAGCAGAUCCAAAAUGGAGCUCACAGUCCACCAAAGUACAGGGUCAUAGGAGCCAUGAGUAACUACGAGGAGUUCCAGAAGGCCUUCAGAUGUCCAGAGUCUUCUGUGAUGAACCGCGGGUCGCAGUCCUGCAGGGUGUGGUGAUCCCUCAUCCCAUCAUGAACCAGAACGGGACCGGAGCUGCUGCCAGGAUCCUCAAAGAUGGAGAUGCUGGACACAGAUGAGGUUUCAAUCCUGGGGGGUGUAAACAUGUGUUCCCUUGGAAACCUUCUGGUCUCCAACCUGCAGCUGGAAGUUUAAAAUGUUUCCAUGGUUGUCCAUGCAGUAUUCCUGCAUGUGUAGCAGCUAGUGGAUAAAAUGAAUCCGUGUGAAGGACUACAGUUUAGAAACACUAUUAAAAACAGUUUUCAGCUGUUUUUCUUUAAAAAACCUUCUGCAACAUGUUCACCAAAUUCCAAUAUUUAAGAACUUGUACAAACGUAACACUUGAAAAUAUCUGUUGCUAUAUUCAACAUGGCUGUUAAAGGUGCAUUUCAGACUUAUAUGCAAGUAUAAAGAGGAUCCAGGCAUGAGGAAGAACUGUAGUCUUUACUUUGUGUAGUAUUUUCAGUUACUGUGAAAAUUCAACAUUGAUUCAGUACAAUAACCUGCUGGAUGAACUUCUGAGAAUAAAACUUUUAAACAGACUAAA